CUAACUUGUUAUUUUACACGACAGCGUAGAUAAGAGACUUGAGACUCGAAAAAACCAGUUGUUCUGUUAGCUAAAAUAAAAGACCCAUGGAGCUCUCGCUUCAGACUUUAACCUUUACAUCCUACUGCAGGACACUAGGAGAUUCGUGGCCAAAAGUCCAGAGUGCACUAGAUCAUAGAGCCUUUUCCUUGAUUACUGCAAAACCAAAAGAACAUAGACGAAAAUUAGCCACGCCAUCUUUGGCACUGCCGGAAACGGCUGCUUCAGUUGCAAUCGCUGCAACAGUUGUGGGAGCGGCAGCAACGUUUCUUGUUAGGAGAACUAAAGCUUCUGAUGCAACUGAGGUUCCUUUGAGAACUUGUGAAGAUUGUGAGGGUUCUGGGAUAUGUUCAGAAUGUAGAGGUGAAGGAUUUGUGUUGAAAAAAAUGUCAGAAGAAAGUGCAGAAAGGGCAAGACUGACUGCAAAGAAUAUGGCCACACGAUACACAGCUGGGAUUGGAGCUGGAUCAUUUCAGACUUCCCAAGAAAUGGAGCUACUGCACAAAAUGCUCUUCUACUCGAUCUUGUACUACUUGUGGAGGGAGUGGAAAGUUAAGCUAGUUUAGCUCGAACAGCAAUGUUGUGUUUUUGCCCAAAAUGUUGCUGCCCCAUGGAAGGCGAGAAUCAUGUUUCAGCUAAGGAAUAGAAGUAAAUUAAUUUUUUGUGUUUCAGAGAUGAUAUAAGAUACCUUGUUUCAUGCAUGUACCUAAAGUACUUGAUAAGCUUCACUCCAUACAUGGAGCUUUCUGGUGACCUUCAAUUUCUGCCAUUUCUGCCCCUCCGAAGAGAUAAUUAGUAGGCAACAGGAAAGGAGGUAGACAAAGUGUGGUAGGAAGUGUUGAUGUUGUAUAACAAGGAAUUGGUCGUUAACUUUGUAAAAGCCCUGGGAGGGUAGCAGCAGAGAUUCCUAGUUAUUGUGAUUGUUUGAACUUGGGGCCCGGGGGUGGGCCCUAUCGUAUAUCCCAAAGGGUCAGUUUGUUUUUUCACAAUAUGGUAUCCCAUCAACUUGAGAACUACUAAGAACCAAUCAUAGUUUUAUGAUUUUCCCAAUAAAACAGGGUUCCCACUAUUCUGUUGCUGCUA